GCGACGUAGAAGCCUCUUAUGCGUUUGCUCUUCUAAUGUGUCUAUGCUCUAUGAUAGCAAAGGGAUCUGAUCAUGCCUGUGAAAGCUGCAUACUGAUCGUGAGGAAUCUAACAUACAAAACUGAGAACGAUGACAUGGUGUAGCUGUGAAUACUUCGAGCACAAAAGAGAUUCUUUGUUUAUAGUUUAAGCUAAGCUAAUGACUGUGGUGAAUUUGUGAUCUACUUAUAGUCUGUAUUCAAAUCUGCUGUUAAGUUAAGAGAAGUUUUUGCGUGUCUGUGAUGGACAGCAGCACCAUUUAUGUUCGGGAAAGAGGCAGCCUUCGCCGUGUGAGUGACAUUAUUCUGGCACAACCAAAACCACCACCAUCAUCAUCAUCCUCCUGCAGGAGGACGAAUCCGUUUGUGCUGAGAAAGGAGCAUUUCAUUUUCACCUACAACGAGGAAGGAAGUCUGAGAUACACCACGAAAUCCCUCUUUGACAUCACUCUGCUGUUUGUUGCUGACAACAUCCAGCAUGUGGACUCUUUGGUUGGCUUCCCAGAGCAAAUAGGCGACAGGCUUUUUGCAGCAGCAGAAGAGAACCGCGUGUUUUUAAACCCAGAGAUUUCUCAGAAAGCCUUGAAAUUAUUCAGUGACGCUUAUGGAGAUUUGGUGCUGGGCUCACUCUGUCUUAGAAACAGGUUCCCACUCCUGCAUGAGCGGAUCACCGAGAUAAAAGCAUUUCAUAGUUUAAAGUCUCUGGAUUUGUUUGGCUGUAGACUAGGAGAUGAUCAUGAGCUGUUCUGUCACCUCACUUCCACAUCACUGGCGAGCAGCCUGAGUCAGCUGUUUAUUGGUGGCAACCAUCUGUCAGAUGUUGGCCUGCAAAGAUUGACCGCGCCUAUCCGGGUGAUGCAGAAAGGACUGGACUCCCUGGAACUCCUGGAUGUUUCCUACAAUCCCCUCUCAGAGAUGGCUUUGAGAUACCUUACAUGCCUCCCAAAGUUGGCGAAUCUUGAUGCAUCUGGGACCAACAUGAAACUUGGCACAGGUUUGAAGACAACCGUGUGGAACUUAUUGGGGCUAAUUCAUUCGGAGAAACCACUGAACGCCUUCGAUCACUCGGGGUGUAAAACAGAAGGAUGGGCAGAACAGGUUGUAAAUCAAUGGGAAACAAGUGGCUGCCAGGUGCCUAAACCGAAGAAAAUGGAAGAGUCAAGGGCUUCAGCACUUCGCUUCUUUGGCAGACAGAAGUUUGUCAGAGAGGUACUGAAUGCAGCACCACUGGACAGUGAGAAUGGCAAGCAGACCAAUAUGGAGAAAUUACACUUCUACAAACCAACAGGAAACGAUCAUCUAUGUGGGAAAAUGGAUCCAUCCACAACAAAAUGUCUCCAAGUUAGGAAUAUGACCUGUAAUGUUACAAAGACAAAGCAAGAGUCAAGCAAGUGUGACGGUUCUCAUCAAAGCCCUCCGACUAAGAAAAAACGUUCAUCCUCAUUUGUUCUCACAGCAGAGGAUACAGAGUUGUUGAACAGCUAUUGAAUAAUGGAAUUCAUCCGGGCAGCAUUCCGUAAUAAUUAGACAGGGGAGCAGCGGUCAACAUGCUGCAUUCACACAAACUAUUAGCAGUUCAAGUAUACUUAGCAAAGGAAGUGUUUUGGCUAUUUUUCUUCUUUAAGAUGAAUAAAAUUUUGUAUUUUGCCAGAGUGCCUUUUUUUUCUUUUCUUUCUGCAGCUUUUAACUGACUACACAGUGAACUUUAAUAAUCAGAAAACUGAGUGUAUCACGUUAUAUGCAAGUUUUGUGUAACUCACACAGGGACGAAACUCAUACGUACAGAAUUCCUUGUUGACAUUUUCUAUACAGACAAUGGACAUUGUCAAUUAUAACAUCAAAACCUUUGGAGGAUUAAUUUUUUACCCACAGUAAUCUUACACAUUUCCUGAACACUCAGUCCAUGUUUUUGGCCAAUUUGUAAAAUACUAAUUAAAACAUUCCCCACCAAUUCACCAGUUCUGCUUUUAACUGUCUGCUGCAGAGUCAAGUCGAUAUUGGCAUGUUUUCUCUUUCCUAAUUUACUGAAGGGUUAAACAAAAUAUAAUCCAAUUAAACAAUUUCACAGUUGUAUAUUUUAUUUGUAUUUAUUACCAAGGAAACAAACAGAAGAGCAGGAAAGACUUAAAUGCAUGUACCUUUUCAUUUUAGUAGGAGCACUGACUUUUAAUGUAAAAUGGAUCAGGAUGAUGCAGCAAUACAAACAUUAAAGGGGGAGUCGGCAGUAUCCAUACAAUCAGUUUUACCUAGCAUUGUGGAUUCGGGUAGAAACUCGCAUCACUUCAAGUCAGUUCAUUACAUUCAAUAAAACAGAACUAAUACACACUUGCAGGAAAAAAAAAAACCUAAAACACUUUAUUCCUAUAUUACCCUCAUUAUACAAUUAUUCCAAUA